AUGGAAGAUAAUUUGUUUACAAGCAUUGAUUUUUGUAAAUAUUUUUGUGAAUUUUUUAGUUGCGAUAUGAAGCACUCUCGCUCAAAACGAAAUAUAAAAGCCAGGUCUUGCGCAGAUUUGAUUAAUAGUAAUACUUACUCAUCUGCUAGCAAGAAAAGCAUUAAAAUAUUCCUAUUAGUUUACCCUUUAUCAGUUUUUUUAAUAUAUGCAAUUCAUGUUUUGGCUCAUAAGAUCUCUAGUUUUUUAUAUUUUAUUUUUAAUAAUCUUUAG